AUGGAAGUGAGAGAAGAAUGUGAAGAGCUGAAGGAAGUGGAGGAGGAACAACAACAUGGUUUCAUAACUGGAGAAAAAUCUUUAAGCGGCUCUGAGACAGAAGACAGUUUCUCACCCAAAAAGCCUCGAAGAUCAGCCAAGAAAUCUUUCAACUGCUCUCAGUGUAUAACAUGUUUCACAUGUAAAAGCAAACUUAAUAUACACAUGAGAGUUCAUACUGGAGAGAAACCUUACACGUGCCAUCAGUGUGGAAAAAGUUUUGCAUAUGCAACCAAUCUCAGGAGUCAUCUCUUUUGUCACUCUGGAGAAAAGUCAUUUAAAUGUGAUCAGUGUGGUAAAACAUUCGCUCUGACACAGUCCCUAAAACAACAUCUGAAAACUCACACAAAUGAGAAGCCUUACAAGUGUUCAUUUUGUGGAAAGAGUUUUACACGCCUGUUCAAUUUGAAACAGCACCAAAAAAUACAUACCGGUGUGGCGGCUCAUAUGUGCUUUGAAUGUGGGAAGAUCUUUAUUACAGCUGGCAACUUGAAACUACACCAAAGUAUUCAUACUGGAGAAAAACCAUACAAGUGCUCAUAUUGUGGAAAGAGUUUCACUCAGUCAGUAAACCUGAAAACACAUGAGAGACACCAUACCACUCAGGGCCUGAAAUUCAUUUCUGAAAAUGGGUAA